AUGCAUCGCAAGAAAGUCUUAUUAAAGGUCAUAAUUUUGGGGGAUUCAGGAGUUGGCAAGACUGCGCUGAUGAACCAGUAUGUCAACAAGCGUUUCUCGGCAUCGUACAAGGCGACCAUCGGGGCUGACUUUCUUACCAAAGAGGUUAUGAUUGAUGAUGAUAAGCUGGUGACACUACAAAUUUGGGAUACAGCCGGUCAGGAGCGCUUCCAAUCACUCGGGGUGGCAUUCUAUCGUGGCGCGGACGCAUGCAUUCUUGUCUACGAUAUUACUCAGCCGAAGUCCUUCGAUAAUCUUGACUCAUGGCGUGAAGAAUUUCUGGUUCAAGCGUCGCCCCCUGACAUUGAAAACUUCCCAUUUAUUGUCCUCGGCAACAAAGUAGACCGCGAAAAUGAUCGACGUGUAUCUAAGGCCAAGGCACACUCCUGGUGCAAGUCGAAGAGCUCAGCACCAUUGCAGUACUUUGAGACAUCUGCCAAAGAGGCAGUCCAAGUCGAGGCUGCUUUCCAGGAAGCUGCCCAGCUUGCCCUCUCCCAGGAGAACACGGAAGCAGACUUCCUACCCGAGACUAUCAACCUUGGGGUGCCUUCAGCUGGUGGGGUUGCCAAAAGCAGCUGCUGUUAG